UAUGUUGCAAAAAUAGUACAAUCACGUCAAUUAUUAUUAUUCUAUUAUAUCUGAUAAAGUAGAUAAGAGUUAAUUGUUGAUAAGAGUUAAUUAAUUGUUAAUAGUGUAAUUUGUAUGUUUAAUAAAUAAAUAAAUAGAUAGAUAAAAUAUAAUGGCAGAGAAUCCGAGUCCUAUUAAAUAUUUUCUCAGUGGAGGAGUCGGAGGAAUUUUUACUGUAAUUACUGGUCAUCCUUUAGAUACCAUAAAGGUGAGACUUCAAACUUCUUCUGGAGCAAAUGGAGUUUUAUAUACCGGAACAUGGGAUUGCGCUAAAAAAAUAGCUCGCAAUGAAGGAUUUCGCGGAUUUUACAAGGGUAUGGGAGCACCACUGUGCGGAGUAGCUCCAAUUUUCGCAAUAAGUUUUCUGGGAUUUGGCUUAGGAAAGCGACUCCAGCAGACGGGUCCUGAUCACGAGCUAACAGCAAUCCAAUUGUUUAACGCCGGGGCUUUCAGUGGAAUUUGCACGACGAUUAUAAUGGCCCCGGGCGAGAGAAUCAAGUGUCUGCUGCAAGUCCAGCAUGGAAUGGACAAUGUAAAGUACAAUGGUCCAGUAGAUUGCAUCAAACAGCUGUACAGACAAGGCGGAAUCAGGAGUAUUUAUAAAGGCACUGCUGCUACUUUAAUGAGAGAUGUCCCAGCUAGUGGGAUGUAUUUCAUGACUUACGACUUGAUUCAACGGCUGCUGGCCCAAGAUGACAAGAAACUGUCUCUUUUGUCGACUAUUUUCGCCGGUGGAUGCGCCGGAAUUGCCAAUUGGAUCGUCGGGAUGCCUCCCGACGUUGUCAAAAGUCGUCUUCAAACUGCACCCGAAGGUAUGUACAAAGGCGCCAAAGAUGUCUUCAAAGAGCUUAUUUCAACAGAAGGCAUCCGCGGACUUUACAAAGGAGUUACUCCGGUUAUGCUUCGUGCAUUUCCAGCCAACGCUGCCUGCUUUUUAGGCUUCGAACUUGCCAUUAAAGUUUUAAACUGGGCUGCUCCUAGUUUGUAAAUUUACUGUCUUAAUAUUUUUAUAUAUUUACAAGCAGAUCCAAAAAUAUAAUGUAUAUAAAUUGGUUUGUAUUUUUUAUAAAAAAUAAAAUUUAUAAAGUUUUU